AUGGAACGUAGCAUCCAAGCCCUACUCUCAACGAUUCUAAUCGUGACUCUAUAUUCUACAACUCUAUUGCAACUCGGGAUUGCUGAGGUUAACGUGACACCUCGACUUCCUUUCAUUCCUGCCGAUGUCUCAAAAUGUUGGUCAUCGCUCUUCGACGUUCAAGGUUGCGUGAUCGAAAUCUACAACUUUUCUAUAACCCGCAAGACCGAAAAUCUCCGAUGGCCGUGCUGCAAGGCGAUCUUGCAUGUGGAUACUAACUGUUGGCCUAAAAUGCUCCCUUUGACUCCGUUGUUCCCUCCUCUUCUCAAGAAUGUUUGUGCUCGCGUCAACGGAGGUGUUGGCAGUGACAAGAAACCUCAAGUCCCUACCAUUCCUGGGUUUUCUCUUCCCGGUUCUCCGGUUGAUGUCAAGAAAUGUUGGUCAUCACUCAUCAGCGUUGAAGGUUGUGUAACUGAAAUCUACAAAUCAGUUUUCACAGGAAAGUGUGAAAAUGUUGGAGCAGUGUGUUGUAAGGCAGCUUCGGCUUUGGAUGCAAAGUGUUGGCCACAUAUGUUUCCACUAAACCCGCUCUUCCCUCCUCUUCUCAAAGAUACUUGUUCUCGCAUCAACGCAGCCACGCCUACACCCACGUGA